AUGCUGCAGCAGAUCCUGCACGACAUGUACAUCGACCCCGAGCUCCUGGCCGAGCUCAGCGGCCGAUCUCGGCAGAGGGAGUGGGAGGGAGAGAUGGCCAUGGACCUGCACUCAGGCCCGUGUCUCUCUGGAAUCCUCUUUGUUGAUGACACGAGCGACAAGCACAUCCAGUGGCUGCUGGGGGAAGAUGGCGAGGUCUGGGUCUGGAUCAUGGGAGAAGGCCCUGGCGACAAGCCCUAUGAAGAGAUCUCUGAGGAGCUGAUUGCAGAGAAGGCACGGCUGCAGGCACAGAGGGAGGCCGAGGAGCUCUGGAGACAGAAGGAGGCAGAGAUCACCAAGAAGUUCCGGGAUGCUCUGGCCAAUGAGAAAGCCCGGAUCAUGGCAGAGAAGUGGAAAGUGGAGAUGGAGGACCGCAAGGCUGCCAAGGUCCUGGAGGAGCGCAUUCACGAGGAAUUCAAGAGGAAAGAGGAAGAGGAGCGGAAGCGAGGAGAAGAGCAGAUCCGCCGCCAGGAGGAGCAGAGGGCCAGGGAGCUGUACUGGACGCUGAAGCAGGCCCAACUGCAGAGCCAGGCCAGCGAGAAGGAGGAGCGCGAGUGGGAGGAGCAGUUGCGUCGGUCCAAGGCCGCGGACGAGGAGAGAAGGCGCCGAGCCCAGCGCGCCCGGGACGAGUACCGGCGCCUUUCGCUCCGGGCCAUCCAGAAGGGCACCGUCGCUGGCCUCAGCUUCAUGCUCCAAGAGCUUGGCCAGACCCAUGAGCAGGAGGCCAGGCUCUACCACCACUUUCCGAGCCCGGGGCCGCUGCUGCCCCUCGCAAUGCCUGUCAGGACUUGGGAGCGCCCUCUGCGUCCUGUCUCCAGAGAAAUCAUAGUCCGCUGGUUCAAGGAGGAGCAGCUGCCUCGCCAAGCUGGCUUCGAGAGGAACACCAAAGCCAUCGCCCCCUGGUUCCAUGGAGGAAAUCAUCACUGUUUCGGGGGGAGAGCUGCUGCAGGAGCCCUGUGGCCAGAGGGACAGCCCGCCAGACUACCAUCUGCUGUUUGAAUGACGUUUCCCCCUUAGCCACUGGACUCCUUUAGGCAUCCUUUUUUUUGAACCCAAGAACUUCUCAGCUCAAAUCCCUAUGGCCUUCUGGAAGAUUCACCACCAUCCAGAGGAUUAAGUAGAUUAGAAUGUCUCAAGAGAUAUGGAAGAUAUGGUCUAUUGUGCUGUUGGCCCCUGUCCCAUUGCCCAGGGCAGAAAUGGCUACUAGUUGAUGCAGAUCUUUCAUAAAGAGUUUGGAUAGGUCGUCAGAAGAUGAAGCCUAUUUGUUGUGGCUGCUCUAAACUCAGCUCCCAGAGCCCAUGGAUCAUGUUUUUAUAAUCCAAAAUAAUGCCAGUGCCUAACUCUGAAUUCAACAUAUGGUGUCCAUUCAAUAAAUGUUUGUUG